AUGGUAAAACAUAUUUUUCAGCAAGUGGAACUUGGCAUACGUAUCUGUGGUCCAGCAAACAGUAGUUUAUUUUCUUCUACAACAGAAGCAAAUUCGAAGAUUAUCUCAACAGGCAAUACCAAUCUAGAAUAUCGAACAUUUUUCUGGUGUCGUAAUGGAAAAUGUGCAUGGGCCGAACAAGACGGGAUAGCUGCCUAUUACGGUUGUUCUGAAUGCUUACCAACAUCGGAAAGUAACUUUGGCUUCAAUGUAUGUUUCAAGAGCGAUGAUGCUCAAAAUUUUUUAGAAAAAGUUAAGGGUAUACAUCCAUUCGAACUAUCGCUUUCUGAGUUGGACAAGCUACAUGACGUAUAUGGUGAUGUAGGUACUCAUAUUGCUACAGGCAUUGAAUUCUUUCUCGCAAACGUCAGUAAAGACACAAAUUUAGAUCGACGAAUGUUUAUACUUAAAGGACCAACAGUAGAAGCCGUCGGAAACUAUCCAUUACUGGAUCAACAUUUGAAAGUACCUGGAGAAAAUAUUUGGUAUGCAGGGGACGCGACUGGUUUAUUCAUUGGAAUAAUACCUUCGAUGCUAAGUGGUCUUUUUGUUGUGAAUCGAGCAAAAAACUAUGCCUAA